AUGCCGAGCCUGCUGGACACACUAUCUUCCUCGUCAGCGCAUUUUAUUCGGUGUGUGGUACCAAACUACGAGCGAGUCCCAAAUAAAGUUGAUGGACCUCUUGUUCUGAAUCAGCUCAAAUGCAACGGAGUCCUAGAAGGAAUUCGCAUAUGUCGUGAAGGCUAUCCAUCACGACUUUCAUUUGCAGAGUUUGUUUCCAGAUAUAACAUUCUAAAGAAGGAUGCGUCACUGACAGGCUAUCCCUCACGACUUUCAUUUGCAGAGUUUGUUUCAAGAUACAACAUUCUAAAGAAGGAUGCAUCACUGACAGGUAGCGGUGCUGCUGCAAUUUGCGAAGUAGCUGGUAUCGACCCUUCAAGAUAUCAGAUUGGAUAUACCAAAAUCUUUUGUAAGAUUGGCGUCAUCUCGGAUUUAGAAGCGAAGCGACGAGAUCACAUCAAUGGAAUCGUCGUCAACCUGCAAGCUAGGAUUCGUUACUUGAAUGCGCAGCAGGAUCUUCACAUGAGGAAAAAGAAAUUGUGGGUAUAA